GCCUAAACUUGAAACAGGCACCCCCCACAGCUUCGACUUGUCACGUUUCGUUUUCCCGGCCUGCGAUACCUUGGACCUUUCUUUCUUAUCUGCCCGCCUUUCUCUCACCGUUCUUUUCAAUCUUCUCUUCCUUCAAUCAAUCUUCUGUCUUCUGCUUCUUAAAUACUGCAGCUUUCCUGCAGCGCUCUCUCCUUCUAUGCUUAGCCUCGCUCGCAGAACCCUGAACCGCGUUCCCAGCUUCCAGGAUAUCCUACAAGGCAGAAUGACCCACCCAGACAUUUCCGUUGACGUCCUUGUCAUUGGUGCUGGCCCUACUGGCUUGGGUGCCGCGAAGCGUCUUAACCAGAUUGAUGGCCCCUCCUGGUUGAUCGUGGACAGCAACGAGACCCCCGGUGGUCUUGCUUCCACCGAUGUGACCCCCGAAGGUUUCCUCUACGAUGUUGGAGGCCACGUUAUUUUCUCCCACUACAAGUAUUUCGACGACUGCAUCGAUGAGGCGCUCCCCAAGGAGGAUGACUGGUACAGCCACCAGCGUAUCUCUUACGUCCGUUGCCAGGAGCAAUGGGUUCCCUAUCCCUUCCAGAACAACAUCUCCAUGCUUCCCAAGGAGGAGCAGGUUAAGUGCAUUGACGGUAUGAUCGACGCUGCUCUCGAGGCUCGUGUGGCCAACACCAAGCCCAAGAACUUCGACGAGUGGAUCGUUCGCAUGAUGGGAACUGGUAUCGCCGACCUUUUCAUGCGCCCCUAUAACUACAAGGUCUGGGCUGUGCCCACCACUAAGAUGCAAUGCGCCUGGCUCGGUGAGCGUGUCGCCGCUCCUAAUGUCAAGGCUGUGACAACAAAUGUCAUCCUUAACAAGACCGCCGGUAACUGGGGUCCCAACGCUACCUUCCGUUUCCCCGCUCGUGGCGGUACUGGUGGUAUUUGGAUUGCCGUUGCCAACACUCUCCCCAAGGAGAAGACUCGCUUCGGUGAGAAGGGCAAGGUCACUAAGGUCAACGCCAACAACAAGACCGUGCAGCUCGCGGAUGGCACCACCGUCGGAUACAAGAAGCUGGUUUCCACCAUGUCCGUGGAUUUCCUUGCUGAAGCUAUGGGUAAUCAGGAGCUGGUUGGCCUCUCGAAGCAGCUCUUCUACUCCUCUACUCACGUCAUUGGUGUCGGUAUCCGUGGUUCUCGCCCUGACAGAAUCGGCGACAAGUGCUGGCUCUACUUCCCUGAGGACAACUGCCCCUUCUACCGUGCCACCAUCUUCUCCAACUAUUCUCCUCACAACCAGCCUGAGGCUUCCAAGAAGCUUCCUACCAUCCAGCUGGCUGACGGCUCCAAGGCCCAGAGCGACGAAGCCAAGGAGGGUCCCUACUGGUCUAUCAUGUUGGAAGUCUCUGAGUCUUCCAUGAAGCCUGUCAACUACGAAACGCUACUCGCCGAAUCCAUCCAGGGUCUUGUCAACACCGAGAUGCUGCAGCCUACGGACGAGAUCGUGUCCACCUACCACCGCCGCUUCGACCACGGCUACCCCACUCCUUCUCUGGAGCGUGAGGGUGCCCUCGCCGAGAUUCUCCCCAAGCUGCAGAACCUGGAUAUCUGGUCUCGUGGCCGCUUCGGUAGCUGGCGGUACGAGGUCGGCAACCAGGACCACUCGUUCAUGCUCGGUGUCGAAGCAGUGGAUAACAUUGUCAACGGUGCCGUUGAGCUGACCCUCAACUACCCUGACUUCGUCAACGGUAGACAGAACACUGAGAGGCGCUUGGUUGAUGGUGCUCAGGUGUUUGCUAAGGGCAAGUCCCUGUGAGCUAUAGAUCAUGACCGGUUUAAUAUUGAAUGAUUCAAGGGGUAAAAUCUUUAGAUAUACAUUAUGGGCAAUGGGAGCCACUAAUUUCAUUUGGAGCGAUAUUUGGGAGAUGUUUAUUGCUGGGCAUUUGUUGAUGUGAAACAGCGUCUUCUACAUUUUUGCUAGAUUCUUUUAUUCUACCUAUAAAACUUUUUGAUUCUAGAACUUGAACAAAGCUCAUUUUACACGCAUUGGCCGAGUCCGCACAUUUUAAAUGCUUGAGUUAUACCUUUCAGAUUUCUCAACUGUCAAAAUACCCAUUCU